CAGCGUUGAACGUUGAACGUCUGUCACCCAACGGUAUCUACGUCUGGAGCUCGGACUGAAUACUGUCUACGCACAUAUCGAGGUCAUGUCGGAUUCUGAAGCGCAAGUGGCCGAUGUCAAGGCUGAGGCAAUUGAGCAGACAGAAGUCGGAGAUCUAGUAGUAGUAGAAAAAACUCGAGCUAGAGUAGUCACGGUUGUGCGUGAAGAGCACCCGCAUCACGUUGAAAGUGAAGCCGAGGAGGACGACGAAGAGGAGGACGAGGAGGGAGACUUGAACGACUUCCUCGCGAGCUACCCGGAUGACACACAAGAACUAGAAUUGAUCCAUUCCCGUCUCAACUCGCUCGCCAAUCUCCGCUUGCCCCGGUUUGCCGCCCACCUCAAGAAGCUCUGCCUGCGCCAGAACCAGAUCUCCUACCUGGACCCCCAAAUCUUCCACACCCUUACUAAUCUCGAGGAGUUGGACUUUUACGAUAACAAGAUCAAGACCAUCGGGGACGCCCUGAAUAAACUGUCGAAACUGACCGUCUUAGACCUCUCAUUUAACCUCCUACGAGCCGUUCCUGAGAACUUGUCGUAUCUCACGUCCUUGGACACUCUGUACUUUGUUCAGAACAAGAUUUCGAAGAUUGACGGUCUUCAGGGCAUCGGCUCCACGCUGCGAAGUCUAGAACUAGGAGGAAAUAGGAUUCGAAAAAUCGAGAAUCUUGAUGCCCUCGUUAACCUCGAAGAGCUGUGGCUGGGUAAGAACAAGAUCACAAGGCUCGAGGGUCUCGAUACCCUCAAGCGUCUCAAGAUAUUAUCGAUACAGUCAAACCGAAUAACGAAGAUCGAGAACUUGGAACAACUGGAGAGUUUGGAAGAGUUGUACCUCAGCCAUAAUGGUAUCCAGCGGCUAGAAGGCCUGGAUAAAAACCUGAAACUCAGGACACUGGACGUAGGGUCGAAUUUCAUCCCGGAGGUUGAGAACGUCUCGCACCUGACAUCACUCGAAGAGCUUUGGAUGAGUGGUAAUCGGAUAGAGAGCCUGCAGGCGCUCGAGCCGCAACUCAAGCACAUCAGCACGCUCGAGACCAUCUACCUUGAGGGAAACCCGUGCCAGCGGACCGAGGGUGUGAAUUAUCGGCGGAAGAUCAUGCUCGCGCUGCCGCAGCUGAAGCAAAUUGACGCAACAUACACCAGAGCGGCGGCGUGAUUGGUUUAUUCUAUUUCGGAGCGAACCAGGGCGACCUUAACUGCAAAUGUAGACUAUGUAGGUGUAUUGGCUCUUGUACGUGUCAUAUAUGAGGGCGUUGGAAGGGGUUUUCUCCCCGCUAUUCAAUGAAUCCUGUGCUUAAUGAAAGGCAGUAUUUAAUUUUGCCUUCCGUGCA